GCUCAUUACACCGCUGUGAGUUCAAAUUGACUCAAAUAUCACAGAGGGAGGCACAAUGGAGCGCAAGACCGCAUUUACUCACUACUGAAGACACGCUCGGUUUGUUUUCCACCGCUUUACGCAGAAGCGAAGAAGGAAAACAAGGCGGACGUAACUGCGAACGGGACACUUUUUUGGAUAGUUGCGACCUUUUGCUCAUUUGAAGACUGCUUUCGGGCACUGAACGGUCAUACUGUCAAUAUUCCAGAGGUCAUCAUGCCUCCCACUACUCCUUACGCCGGAAAGUUCAACUCCUGUGGCCCUUACACCAGCAAUAGCAGCAACAACAACCACCAUCCACAACCCCACAGCCCAUACCGGAGCAACACCGCGCCCAAGCCAAGCACCAAAACCCAGGAAAACAUCUACAACUGUGCUUACGUGGCGACCGAGAACCCAUACGAUAUCCCCCAUACGUCGUACCGUAGUUCUUCUUUGUCAUCAUCCAAUACCACUACCACCACCACCACCAACAAUCACCACUACAACAACGGAUGCGUGUCACCCCACAGCCCCAGGCAACAUGGUGGCACUUCCUCUCAUGGGCGUGGCUCGUACCGGAGCAGCAGUAGCGGCAGUGAGCAGUCAUGCCAUAACAACUCGGCGCCGCCAAAAAGCAGGGUCUACGGGCACGGUGGGGUCAUCGCCAGCUACGGGGAGAUGUGUUACCAUGACAACAGCCUGGUGUCGGCGUCGCUGGAGGCGCUGAUUCAACACCUGGUGCCCACGGUGGACUAUUAUCCAGAUAGAUCCUAUGUGUUCACCUUCUUGCUUAGCUCCCGCCUCUUUCUGCACCCGUAUGAGCUCAUGACCCGUGUGUGCCACCUCUGUGUGGAGCAGCAGCGGUCUGGGGACGCGCUGCUUGAUAAGAUCCGUUUCCGGGAGGUGGCGCCUAAACUGGUGCAGCUCCUCACUGAGUGGACUGAGACCUUUCCAUAUGACUUCAGAGACGAGAGGAUGAUGAGAUGUCUCAAAGACAUGACCAACCAUGUGGCCAGAGGGGACGAGUAUUCUUGGAGAGCCAUGCAGCAGAUGACACAGCGGCUUAUCAAGCGUCUGUCCGCUCUGGGGCAGUAUGAGGAGGCGGUGGCGGCCCUAAACAACGUGGCCCUGGAGCGCCCGACCUCGCUCAAGUCCAAACAGGCCGCGGGUCAGAGGAGUGACGUACUGAGCGUGUGCGAUGACCCCUUUGUCCUGGCACAACAGCUCACGCACAUCGAGCUGGAUCGACUGAGUUUUAUCGGCCCUGAGGAGUUCAUUCAGACAUUUGCCAUGAAGGACCCUCUAGAGAACCAGAAGGGUUUUUUCCGUAAGCGUAAAACCAACAACCUGGAGGCUUACGUCAACUGGUUCAACCGACUCAGUUACCUCGUCGCCACGGAGAUUUGCAUGCCGGCUAAAAAGAAACACAGGGCGCGCAUCAUAGAAUUUUUCAUCGAUGUGGCGCAAGAGUGCUUCAACAUUGGCAACUUCAACUCCCUCAUGGCAAUCAUCACUGGAAUGAACAUGAGCCCUGUCUCACGGCUGAAGAAAACCUGGAGUAAAGUCAACACCGAUAAAUUUGACAUACUAGAGCAUCAAAUGGACCCAUCCAGUAACUUCAGUAACUACCGUACUGCCCUCCGUGGCGCCACCCAACGGUCAGAGACGGCACACAGCAGUCAGGAAAAGAUUGUGAUACCUUUCUUCAGUCUGCUCAUCAAAGAUAUUUACUUCCUAAAUGAAGGCUGUGCCAGCAGAUUGCAAAAUGGACACAUCAACUUUGAGAAACUAUGGGAGCUGGCCAAGCAAGUGAGCGAGUUCCUGGUCUGGCGUCAGGUGGUGUGUCCAUUUGAGAGAGACAGACGUGUACUGCAGUACCUGGUCACCACUCCUGUCUUCAGUGAAGAUGAGCUACAUUUGGCUUCAUAUGAAAGUGAAGGGCCUGAGAACAACAUGGAGAAGGAUAGUAGGAGAUCACUAAGAUCCUCCCUUCUGCACAGGGAGAACCGAUCCUAAACUAGGACAACCUGCUUUGCACUGCAGAGUGUAUAUAACUGCCAAUCACAUAAAGUAUAUUGCCGAGUAUAUCAUUCCCAAAGCCAAGUGUUACAUUUUGGACUGGGAUAAAACCCGAUGUGCAGCUACCGCCAUCAAGAUAUUAUAUAAGUCAUCAUUCAUAUCAGUGGAGAUGAACUACUGCUAACUGACUUCGCAAUCUUCGAUGGUAUUCAAUCAGUGCCAAGCAUCUUCUUUACACCCCUUUACUGUCUUGUAAAUCUGCAAGGACUGAACGUUUUUCAGACAAAGGAUUUUACAAGAGAAGACUGUAUUAUUUUAUCAGAGAUGCUUUUUGCACACGAACUCUGUCAAAGGCACUUAACAGAAGGAGAUGGCCCUCAAAUGUGGCUUCAGCAGCGCUAGACUGUUCUAUCACAACAUUCAUCUUAACAAUUACAUAAACCUCAUACGGAAAAAUAAAACAUUGCUCAAUAUUAUUUUCCAUUUUUUAGUACCAUUGCCAUAGCAAUUAACAAUUCAAAAUUUCAAUUCAAAUUAUAUCUUUUGCAUGGUCAAAAAUCCCCAGUAUAUUGCCUAUAAACAGAAAGAUGAUACUCAUGAAUAGCAAAGAGGCAUUUUUGAACCUGCUGCAUUUUUUGUUCAAUAAAAAUAGCUUUAGUCUUGCCUGCUUUCUAUCAUCUAAUAAUAUUCUAAGUUUCCACAGAAAUGGCAAAAUUUGACCACUCAUUUUAGUCUAUGGUGAAGCUAAAUAUAGAGUAUACCAGAAUGCUAAAUAUCAGCGAUUUAUGUUAAUGUAUGCAUAAAACAUUUACUGUACAAGAUAUUAUUUGUGAACAGUGCCUCCAACAUUAUUUCUUCCAUGUGCACUUUGACUGUGUAUUGUUCAAAGCAAAUCAUGCAAGUACAACGCACUUCUAGUACAACAUCGAUGGGGUUAAAGUAUUCUAGACUGUGGCAAUCCCUGCUUUGAGGGUGUCUCCUUUCUAAACAGUAUUAAUUUGUAUUUUGUAUUGUAAGUUUUAAAAAAUGUGUUACCUUAUGUAAUUUUGUAAACUUUUAUCAUGAGCUUGUUGCUGGUUAGCUGGCUCUGUUUUUGUAAGCUACUAGUUAUAGUUUUGUGCAGUUGCCUAUACACACUUUUGUCGCAUUUUGAUGAUUUUUGCAGACACUCCUUUUCUGUGUGUUGGCAAUGAGACAAACUGUAAUUCAACCAGUUUAUGUAUAGUUAAAAGUGUGAAUGAAACAUAUAUGCUAUUAGUGAAAUAGGAACCUCAUGCCUUUUCCAGUCAUCUCAAGUGAUCAUGUAUGUUGUGACCCUUUGAAAAGCCUGUGUGGAUUUGUGAUGCAUUUGUGUGUUUGUAAAAAGCUUGUUUUUUAAGUGUUCUUAUAUAUUUUAUUUUGUGUAACAUAUGUGUCGCCUGUCAGGGUACCUGUAGUGAAGGUGUUUGUGAAAAGAGAAAUCUAUAUUUUCCCUUGAAUAAACAAUCUUAAAUAAUGUCA